AUGGAAAAAAAAGUUGAAUAUAUUAAAGAAAAUGAUAAGAUUGUAUUAAUGUGUAAUUAUGGAUUUAGAGAUAUGACAUUGAAUUUAUUGAAAUGUUUUGAAAAGUUAUCAAUUGAUAAAAGUAGAUACAUUUUAUAUUGUAUGGAUGAUAAAGCAUAUCAAUUCUUUGCAGAGUUUAAAGGUAUUGAGUGUCAAAGAUUCUCAAGAGAUGAUAUUAUAAAUUCUUCAACAUCAUCAACACAACUUUUUCAUGAUAAUAAUACAAACGAUAAUAAAGGAAUUUAUAGUGAAAAUGCCGAGUCAUAUGGUGAUAUUGGAUUUAGAGCGAUUUGUAAUGAAAAACCAUUAGUAGUAUUGGAUGUUUUAAAAAAAGGUUAUAAUGUAUUAUGGACUGAUACUGAUAUAGUUUGGAAAAGAGAUCCAUUCAUUCAUUUCUAUCAAGAUAUUAAUCAAGAAAAUCAAUUCACUAACGAUGACGACAUUGAUUUAUACGUUCAACAAGAUGAUGACGAUAUUUGUGCUGGUUUCUAUUUCAUUCGUUCAAAUCAAAGAACAAUUAAAUUUAUUCAAGAUUCAAUCAAUUUCUUAAACCCAUGUAUUGAUGAUCAAAUUGCAAUGAGAUUAUUUUUAAAAUCUCAAGGUAUUAAUAUUAAAUCAAAAAAUAUUUUAUUAUCAUUAUCUGAAAAUGAUAAAAAAGAUAAAAUUAGAUAUAGAUUAUUAGAUAAAAAGUUAUUUCCAAAUGGUACAAAUUAUUUUAAUUUAAAAAUUACUCAAAGAGAUAAUAUUACACCAUUCAUUAUUCAUAAUAAUUGUAUAAUUGGUCAUAGAAGUAAAAAAGAUAGAUUCAUUGAAUAUGGAUUAUGGUAUAUUAAUGAUGAUGAAAUUGAUAUUAAUAGCAAUAUUAAUAAUGAUGAUGAAAAUAAUAAAGAAAUAAAAUUAUUUAAAAAUGUGUUGAAAAAUCAUACAGAUAUAAUUACAAGUAUAAAUUCAUCAGAUGAUGGUAAAUUAUUUACAACAUCAAUUGAUAAAUCAAUUAAAAUUUGGAAAUUUGAAAAUACUAGUGGUAAUGAUACUGAUAAUGGUAUUUUUAAAGUACUAAAAUCAAAAUAUAUUCAUAAAAGAGGUGGAAUUUGGAGUACUUUUAUUUUUAGUAGUAACAACAAUAACAAUAAUGAUUAUGGAUUUGAAAAUUUAUUAACAUCAUCACAUGAUAAAACUAUUCAAUACUGGGAUAAUAAUUUACAAGUUAUUCAAACAUUCAUUGGACAUACUGGUAUAAUUAAUCAAUUGAUUGUAAUCCCAAAUUCAAGUUAUUUCUUUACAUGUUCUGAUGAUAAUACAAUUAGACAAUUUGAUUUAAAUAAUAUUAAUUUUAAAAGAGUAUUCAUUGGUCAUAAUGGUUGGGUUUCUUCAAUUGCAAUUAAUAAAAAUUUAAAUACUUUAUAUUCUUGUUCAAAUGAUGGUACAAUUAGAUUUUGGGAUAUUAAUAGUGGUAGGUGUUUAAAUAUUAUUAAAGGAAAUCAAGGUGGAUGGAUUAGAAAGAUUAUUUAUAAUGAUAAUUUAAAUCAAUUAAUUAGUGGUGGAAAUGAUGGUACAAUUAAAAUUUGGUCUUGUGAUAAUUUAAAUAAUUUUAAUGAUAAUCAAUAUUUAUUAAAAAUCAAUACAAAUGAAAAUUCAUCAAUUAAUGAUUUACAAUUUGAUAGUGAUACAAAUUUAAUUUAUUGUGCUUUUGAAAAUGGUUCUUUAAAAUCUUUUAAAUUAACAUCAAAUAAUAAUAAUAAUAAUAAUAAUAAUAAUAAUAAUAAUAAUAAUACUAUUAAUUAUUCAUUAGAUAAAGUUUAUCAAGGACAUUUAAAUUCUUCAAUUAAUUGUAUUCACAUUUCAAAAUCUUUAAAUUUAUUAUUUUCUGGUGGUUUCGAUAAACAAAUCAAAUCAUGGGAUUUAUAA